AGUUGGUUCUCCAUAAACGGUUCGUAUCAUGUUUCUUCUUCCUUCAGACGUUGUCACUCGACUUGGAAGUUGUUAUGGCAGUUGCGCUAGUUAAGUUGUUAGGCUGGUGGAUCUUGGGCAGUUACUUGAGCGGGAAUUCGUAACCGUUGUUAGAUUCUAGCUAUAAAAGAGCUGUAAUCAUUUGGAUGAGAGUAUUCUAGAAGUUCAUCGAAUAAAGAUUGGUGGUUCUUGGAUCCAUUUCGUGUUUCCUUGUGUUCUAUUAUUCUUAUCACAACAGGGAAUAUUCAGAGGCGUCGUUUCGGUUACAUUCUCUCUCUCUCUCAAUGAGAAGUGAGAUGUGAGUGAAAGAUGAGGGGAGAACUUCAGCAUCUAGCCGUCGUCCUGGCACUUCUGAUAGUCGGUGGAGGCCUCCGUAGAAGCUCUGGUGAUGAAGGAGAGUUCAUCGGAGACUACUCGAAGCUAUCGGGAAUAAUAAUUCCUGGUUUUGCCUCAACUCAGCUCAGAGCUUGGUCUUUCCUUGACUGCUCUUAUUCUCCAUUCGAUUUUAACCCUCUCGACCUCGUCUGGCUUCACACCGCCAAACUUCUUUCUUCUGUCAAUUGUUGGCUUAAAUGUAUGUUGCUUGAUCCUUACAAUCAAACGGACCAUCCUGAAUGCAAGUCGCGGCCUGAUAGUGGUCUUUCUGCGAUUACGGAACUUGAUCCUGGUUAUAUAACAGGUCCUCUUUCUUCAGUGUGGAAAGACUGGAUUAAGUGGUGCAUUGAGUUCGGUAUUGAGGCUAAUGCAAUUAUUGCUGUUCCAUAUGAUUGGAGAUUGGCGCCAUCAAUGCUUGAGGAGCGAGACCUUUAUUUUCAUAGGCUCAAAUUGACAUUUGAAACUGCACUUAAACUUCGUGGUGGACCCUCAAUUGUAUUUGCCCAUUCUUUGGGAAAUUUUGUCUUCCGCUACUUUCUGGAAUGGUUAAAGCUAGAAAUUGCUCCAAAGCAUUACAACCAAUGGCUGGACGAACAUAUUCAUGCCUACUUUUCUGUUGGAGCUCCUCUUCUUGGUGCAACUGAGACUGUAAAAGCAAUGCUUUUAGGAAAAACAUUUGGUCUUCCUGUUUCAAAGGGUACAGCUCGAUUGAUGUUCAAUUCUUUUGCUUCCUCAUUAUGGAUGCUGCCAUUUUCAAAGUAUUGUAGAGCUGAUAAUCCAUAUUGGAAACAUUUCUCUGGGGCAUCCAGAAAAAGUCAUCAGACUUUUCAAUGUGACAAGCGUGAAUUUCGAGAAAAUUACUCUGGAUGGCCAACAAAUAUAGUCAAUCUUGAAAUCCCCUCCAUCCGUCCAUUUGAUCCCUUUUCAUCACUUCCAGAACUAGAAGUAGCUCAUACCAACUUUUCUACCUGGGAAUUUAGAUUCCCAACUCAUGUAUCUUUUUCUGCUCGUGAAGUAUCAGAUGGGACUUUUUUCAGAUCAAUAGCGGACUAUGAUUCUGAUAACAAGAGACUCUUAUACCAGCUACAGAAGUCAUAUCAUGGUGAUCCUGUUCUAAAUCCGCUUACACCUUGGGAUAGACCGCCUAUUAAAAAUGUUUUCUGCAUCUACGGAAUUGGUCUGAAGACUGAGGUUGGUUACUAUCUUGCACGAAGCGGUAAGCCUUACCCUCGUAAUUGGAUCUUAACAGAUGUCAUUUAUGAGCUUGAAGGAUCUCUAUUCUCCAGGUCAGGGAAUCUGGUUGAGGGGAAUCCUGGACCUGCAAGUGGGGAUGGAACAGUAUCAUAUAAUUCUCUCUCUUUGUGCAAGAACUGGCUUGGACCAAAAGUUAACAUAACAAGAGCUCCUCAGUCAGAGCAUGAUGGGUCUGACGUACAGGUGGAACUAAAUGUAGGACAUCAGCAUGAAGCAGAUAUAAUUCCCAACAUGACAAGGUCUCGAUCGGUAAAAUACAUUACAUAUUAUGAAGAUUCUGAAAGCAUUCCAGAAAAGAAGACAGCAGUUUGGGAGCUUGAUAAAGUAAAUCACAGGAGCAUUGUUAGAUCCGCUGUUCUAAUGCGAGAGUUGUGGCUCCAGAUGUGGCAUGAUAUCCAUCCUGAUAAAAAAUCAGAAUUUGUUACAAAAGCUAAGCGUGGACCUUUGAGGGAUGAUGAUUGCUAUUGGAACUAUAAGAAGGCUCGGUGUGCGUUGCCUGAAUACUGUGAAUAUAGGUACCUUUUGGGGGAUGUUCACCUGGGACAGAGUUGUAGGUUGAAGAAUUCUUCAGCUCAUACGCUUUUGCAUUACCUAUAGAAUGGAGUUACUGGCAUUGGCAGUUUGGCACUGUUUCAUUCCUACAAGCUCUUGCCAAUUGUAGCUGCAACUGUUUUGUACUCUUUUGGAAGCUGGAACUCAAGCUAUUAGGCCAUUUCCUUGAUGCAUUGUGAUAAUGAGACAGAACCUAGAAGCCUCAGAAUGGAUGGUGGUCUUUGUCUCUGUUGGGAAUUCUAAAGCAUCCGGCUUCAAAUUAUAAUACUACCCAAUUCUGGCAUAGCUAAUCUUCCUUCCUGUUAGUUUCUCAUAAGUGCAUACUUGAGCUCUAACCAUUACAGCACCAAAAGCAGAUUCUCAACUUCAUGUAUGUGCAGUACACUAACAUAGUUGAUAAGAUGCUAAUUGAGGGUUGUGUUUUCCAGUAGAAAAUGACUGGUCCAGCACAGAGAACCAAAUAAGUCUCGGCUCCAGCAAGAAUGGAACCCUAAAAUUUUUUGAAGCAUGUGUCUACUGAAUGGUUACUGAAUACAUUUUUGUC